AUGUCAGAUGAAAUCGAUGACUUAUCAUUUCCAAACGCAGUUAUCACCCGAUUGAUGAAUGAAGCUUUGGAAGAUUCGCCAACAAUUUCUAAAGAAGCACGACUAGCUAUGUCACGUGCGGCAUUGACAUUUAUUCUAUACAUCAGUACAACUGCCAAUCAAUAUGCUGCAAAUGCAAAGCGCAAGACUGUGACAGUUCAAGAUAUUUUCAAAUCUCUCCAAUCUAAUCAGUUUGAGAUGCUUGUGGAACCAUUACAAGAAGCAUUGAAAGAUUAUCAAGAACAAAUACGCAAGAAGAAGGAAGAAACAGCUAACAAAAAGCAGAAUCAAGCAGAAGCAUCAACAGAAAACAAUGAUAAUGAAGAAGAGGAGGAAGAUGAAAUUGAAAAUGCUGAAGCAGCAACUGAAUAA